GGGUUGAGGAUGGAAGUUCAGAGAGCAGGGAGACAGCUGCUGUCAGGAAAUCCAGAUGGUGUCUUGAGCUGGGAAUUCAGGGAGGGUGUGGGGGGAGGGGGGAGCAGUGGGGACGUGGAGGAAUUCGGGGUCUAAACAGAAGAGCAGACAGGCCUGGCUGAUGGAUUGGAUCUGCUGGGGUUUUGGUAUGAGGACGUGGAAGAUGGGGUUUCCAGUAUGCGACGGAUAGGAAGACAGUGAGACGUUUCGGUCACUCCUCACCUCGUUGCACCCCGCUCCCUUUGCUUUUUUUUUUUUUUAGAUGGAGUUUCGCUCUUGUUGCCCAGGCUGGAGUGCAGUGGUGCGAUCUUGGCUCACUGCAACCUCCGCCUCCCUGGUUCAAGCGAUUCUCCUGCCUCAGCCUCCCGAGUAGCUGGGACUACAGGCAUGCACCAACAUGCCCAGCUAAUUUUUGUAUUUUAGUCGAGACGGGGUUUCGCCGUCUUGGCCAGUAUGCUCUCAAUCUCUCGAUCUCGCGAUCCGCCCGCCUCGGCCUCCCCAACUGCUGGGAUUACAGGCGUGAGCCACCGCGCCCGGCCUCGCUCGUCUAAUGAAUGAAUGAAUACAUGAGACCCGUUAUCCUGCGGGGCUCCAGGAGCUCGGUGUUGAAGCCCGAGUGGGAUCACCUUGAAGCCCUCAGCCGCUGCGGGAAUGAGAUGGUGACGGGAAUUAUGGGCCAGGGACACCGCGGGUGUAGACGGCCGCAUCCCCGCGUGGAAGCGGAGGGGUCUGGCCAGGCCCCAGCACCUGGUCUUCCUCGCGUUCCUCUUCUGCCUGCAGGUCGGCCGCCAUGGGGACGCCCUGGUGGCGCGCGCUGCAGCUGCUGCUCCUGCUGGGCGCGUCAUGGGCGCGGGCUGGCGCCCCGCGCUGCACCUACACCUUCGUGCUGCCCCCGCAGAAGUUCACGGGCGCCGUGUGCUGGAGCGGCCCCGUGUCCGCGCGGGCGACGUCGGAGGCCGCCAACGCCAGCGAGCUGGCGGCGCUGCGCUUGCGCGUCGGCCGCCACGAGGAGCUGCUGCACGAACUGCAAAGGCUGGCGGCGGCUGACGGCGCAGUGGCCGGCGAGGUGCGCGCGCUGCGCAAGGAGAGCCGCGGCCUGAGCGCGCGCCUGGGGCAGCUGCGCGCGCAGCUGCAGCACGAGGCGGGGCUCGAGGCGGGACCCGGGGCGGCCCAGGGGGCGGAGCCUGCCGCGGCGCUGGCGCUGCUCGGGGAGCGCGUGCUCAACGCGUCCGCCGAGGCUCAGCGCGCCGCCGCCCGCUUCCACCAGCUGGACGUCAAGUUCCGCGAGCUGGCGCAGCUCGUCACCCAGCAGAGCGACCUCAUCUCCCGCCUGGAGCGCCUGUGCCCGGGGGGCGUGGGCGGGCGGCAGCAGGUUCUGCCCCCACCACCACUGGUACCUGUGGUUCCAGUCAGUCUUGUGGGUAGUACCAAUGACAGCAGGAGGCUGGACUCAGCCCCAGAGCCCCGGAGAGACCAAAUCCUGAGACAGCAGGAGCCCCUGCCUUCUCUCAUGCCUGCAGUUCACCCUGCUGUCCCUACCGAGCCUGCGGGCCCAUGGCAGGAUUGUGCAGAGGCCCGAGAGGCAGGGCAUGAACAGAGCGGAGUGUAUGAACUGCGAGUGGGCCGACACGUGGUGUCAGUAUGGUGUGAGCAGCAGCUGGAGGGUGGAGGCUGGACUGUGAUCCAGCGGAGGCAGGAUGGUUCGGUCAACUUCUUCACUACCUGGCAGCACUACAAGGUGGGCUUUGGUCAGCCAGAUGGAGAAUACUGGCUGGGCCUUGAACCUGUGUAUCAGCUGACCAGCCGUGAAGACCAUGAGCUGCUGGUGCUCCUGGAGGACUGGGGAGGCCGUAGAGCACGUGCCCACUAUGAUGGCUUCUCCCUGGAACCCGAGAGUGACCACUACCGCCUGCGGCUUGGCCAAUACCAUGGUGAUGCUGGAGAUUCUCUUUCUUGGCAUCACGACAAGCCCUUCAGCACCAUGGAUAGGGAUCGAGACUCCUAUUCUGGUAACUGUGCCCUGUACCAGCGGGGAGGCUGGUGGUACCAUGCCUGCGCCCACUCCAACCUCAAUGGUGUGUGGCACCGUGGUGGCCACUACCGAAGCCGCUACCAGGAUGGUGUCUACUGGGCUGAGUUUCAUGGCGGGGCAUACUCUCUCAGGAAGGCCACCAUGCUCAUCCGGCCCCUGAGGCUGUGACUCUGUUCCUCUGUCCCCUAGGCCCCAGGGGACAUUGGUCAGCAGGAGCCCAAGUUGUCCUGGCCACACUUUCUUUGUGGCUCAGUGCCAAUGGGUCCCACGGAACUUCCCCUCCGUGGAUCUGUGACCCUGGGUGCUGCAAAUGGGACCCAGGAAUCCCCCCCUGCCAAUAUCUCGGCCCCAGAUGGCUCCCCAAGGUCAUUCAUAUCUCGGUUUGAGCUCGUAUCUUAUAAUAACACAAAGUAGCCACA